CCAAAACUCCUCCGUGAAGUUAGGCGGGGAGAGGAAGACACCCGGAUACUCUGAAGCUCUCCCAUAUCUCCGCGUCUCUCCGGCACAGUGGAGCAGUGGGUUUCCCAGUCGGUUUCCCAGUCGGUUUCCCAGUCUGAGGAGGACACGGAUCGAACAGUUUUAAAGAUGGAGGCUCAGAGCCAGGUGGUGGACAGGUUGCGGACAGCGUUUCGUUCCCGCGUCACGAUUCCAGAGGAGUUUCGUCGAGCUCAGCUGAUCCAGGUGAUGGCCAUGAUCACAGAAAACCAGGAAGCCAUUCUGGAGGCUCUGCAGAAAGACCUGUCCAAGCCGAGAUUUGAAGCCGUCAUGUCUGAAGUGGACAUCGUGAUCAACGACAUUCACCACGUCCUGGAUAACUUCUCCAGCUGGAUGAAGCUGGAGUACGCUGCCAAGAACUUUGCGACAAAGCUGGACACCUGCUUUGUGAAGAGGGAACCCUUAGGAGUGGUGUUAAUCAUCGGGCCCUGGAACUACCCUCUGCAGCUCCUCAUGAUUCCUCUGGUGGAAGCCAUUGCUGCAGGAAACUGUGUGCUCCUCAAGCCUUCAGAGGUCAGCCCUCACACAGGAAGUCUGGUAGCCGAGCUCAUCCCCAAAUAUUUGCAUCAGGAUUGUUUCGCGGUGGUUUGUGGAGGAGUAGAGGAGACUGUGGCUCUGCUAAAGAACCGCUUUGACCACAUCUUCUACACAGGUUCUAAGACGGUGGCCCGCAGCAUCCUGCAGGCAGCAGCCGUCCACUUAACCCCGGUGACGUUGGAGCUGGGAGGAAAGUGUCCCUGCUUGAUUACAGGUCGUGUCAACAUGGCGGCUGCUGCUCGCCGUUUGGUGUGGGCCAAGUUCUUUAACGCCGGUCAGAGCUGCAUCGCUCCGGAUCACGUGAUCUGCUCCGAGGCGAUCCGGGACGCCCUGCUGCCUGAAAUCCGCAAGUCCUUAGAAGACUUCUACGGGAAGGAGCCUGAGAAGUGUCCCGACAUGGGCCGCAUCGUGUCCCCGCGACACUGGACUCGACUGAUGGGGAUGCUCAGGAAGACCAACGGGAAGAUUGUUCAUGGAGGAGAGGGCAACGAGGAAGACAAAUACAUUGCUCCCACAGUGGUGAUAGACGUGUCUGAAGACGACGCCCUGAUGGCGGAUGAGAUCCUCGGCCCCAUCCUGCCCAUCCUGACCAUCGAGACUCUGCAGGAAAGCAUCGACUUUAUGAACCGUGGAGACACACCACUGGCGCUCUACGUUUUCACUGAAGAGUCCUCGAUCGUGAACACGGUGCUGGAGAACACCAAGAGUGGAGGAUUCUGCUCCAACGACGGGAUCGUCCACAUGGCCCUGCCCACGCUGCCCUUUGGAGGGAUAGGAGGGAGUGGAAUCGGCAGCUACCACGGACGCUGGGGCUUUGAGACCUUCAGCCACCGGCGGGGCUGCCUGCUGCGCGGCUGGGCCAUGGAGAGACUGAACAUCCUGCGGUACCCCCCUUACUCAGAGGAGAAGAUGAGCUGGAUUCGCUGGACCACCUCGCCCAAGAGCAGCUGCUCCAUCAUGUGAAGACAGGCUGUGUGUGUGUGAAUGUCUGCGCGUGUGUGUGUGUGUGUGUGAGUGAGUGUGAGGAUUGUACAGAUUUUAAUACUGUGUGCAUGAAAUGAAACUAGAGUUCUUUUUAAACUUUGGGGGGGGGUCAUGUUUGUUCAACACACCGGGGGCUGCUGUGAUGUCUGUGUACCUUUGCACUCUUUCACCUUCUGUAUUUCUGUCACUAACAAUCAUCUGAUUUUAAGCUGUUCUCCCUCCUUGUUAUUUUUCCUGUGGAAAUCAGUGAAUUAUUUUAAGGCACAUCCCUAACUCUGAGGAUACUCUUCCUGUUACACACCGUUUGUUACACUAUUUUAUAAAAGCAUUUAAACUAAGAUGUCUUAAAGUUCAGGCACCAGUGUUUAGUUCUUGUUAUCCUCUUGCACAGACGUGGUGAUAGCCGUUUAAAUCUUUGUGUCCCUUGGUCUGUGAUCGGAGAGUUAAAGGGUUUCUGUUUUUUUUAAACUGUUUGCUUUGAAAUAAUGUAAAUACGUUUGAUUUGAACCAAUAAAAGACAUUUUUACUCGUA